AUGAUUUACCUGAACUACGGCCACCGUCUGCCUCUCAAGCCGUUUAUCGAGAAGACUCGCGAGGAGCCUCCACAUAAGAUCUCAAAGCUUGCCAUCAACGCAGAGACUGACGAAGACCGUUAUGACACAAGUACACGUGUUGUCUGCUAUUCCUGCGGCAGGGACGAUGUUGGUGAGCCGAGUGGCAAACUCCAGUCAGUCAUUGAAGGCGUGAUGCAUGCCACGACCUUCUCGAAGAGAGAGGAGAUAAAAGCCUGGGAACAGGAGUUUAUUCCCUGCGAGCACACUACUGGCUUGAUUCAGCAGGAGUCCAAGCGCAUAAAGUCACAGGGCUGUGGUCGCAGUCAAUUUGGAGGUACUGGCGGUAAUUCACAUGGACUUGCACACUUUAAUGCGACAUCCCACGCCGUUGCCGUGAAACUGGGUUCAAUAACUGCCGAUGGUUCAGCAGAUAUUUACUGUUAUAAAUGCAACGAAGAAAGAAUCGAUCCUGACCUUGCUACGCACCUGUAUCAUUGGGGCAUUGAUUUAGCGGGGCGCGAGAAAACGGAGAAAAGUCUCAUGGAAAUGCAAGUUGAACAAAAUCUGAAAUGGGAUUUCUUGAUGACGACUGAAGAUGGACAGGAUCUGACACCAGUCUUCGGCGCAGGCCUGACAGGGUUGUCGAAUCUUGGAAACAGUUGCUAUCUGUCUAGUGUGGUCCAGUGCCUUUUUGAUUUACCAGAGUUUCAACGCAGAUAUUACCAUCCUAACGAAGACCCGCCUCUGGCAGAAACACCAGCUGCUGAUUUCGAAACGCAGCUGCGAAAACUGGCGGAUGGUACCCUCUCAGGACGAUACUCUCGGCCAGAUGAUAAGACUGUCGCCUCUCCAAAGCCACAAGAAAUCCGACACCAAAAGGGCUUGGCUCCAUCGAUGUUCAAGCAUCUUAUCGGUCGCGAUCAUCCUGAAUUCUCGACUAUGAGACAGCAGGACGCCUUUGAGUUCCUACUGCAUGUUUUCAAGCACGUCACAUUGUCCAAGCACCCUGUAGGGAUGGAUAAUCCGAUUGAUUCUUUCAAGUUCAGCAUUGAGCAGCGGCUGCAAUGUCUGAAGUGCAGAGGAGUUCGCUACAGGCUCGAUGAACAAGACAAUAUCUCGAUUCCAGUGCCCGCUCGUCGAGUACCCGAUUCAGAAGGUUCCAACUCUGAUGGCUCCUUCGAAUCUGUGACGCUAUACGAUUGUCUAGACGCAUUUACUGCCGAUGAGACCGUUGAUCUUCGUUGUGCCCAUUGUAACAGCCAGGAGAAAUUCUCCAAACGGUCUGCUUUUCGGACAAUGCCAGCGGAAUUGGUAAUUAAUGCUCGACGCUUUGAGCUGAUCAAUUGGGUUCCGACCAAGCUGGAUAUUCCGGUAGAGGUUGAAGAUGCACCUAUAGAUUUGAGCUGCUAUCUUUCCACCGGACCUGGUGAGGGGGAAGACCUCCUUCCGGAAGAUGAGGAGACCGGUGGCUUCGAGGUCAACAUGGACACUUUGAACCAACUGCUUGCAAUGGGUUUUCCACGGGUCAGGUGUGAAAAGGCACUUUACUCUACUGGAAACUCAGAUGCUGAAGCCGCAAUGAAUUGGCUCUUAUCUCACAUGGACGACCCUGACAUAGAUGAGCCGGUUCAUAAAAAACGCGUUUCGGAAUUUGGAGCCAACGAACAGGACUUAGCUAAAAUAGCGCAACUAGGUGACAUGGGCAUCGAUGAUUCUCGCGCUAGGAAGGCGUUGACUGCCACAGGUGGUGAUAUUAACCGAGCUAUUGACUGGGUUUUCAGUCAUCCAGGCGAUGAAGAUGAAAGCUCUGUUCACGAACCGCCGAGCGGAAAUGCUGAUACAUCCGUAGUCCCGGGUUUCGCUACUAGUCCGGCAACCUAUCAACUUCGCUCCAUAAUUUGCCAUAAGGGCGCUUCGGUACAUGCUGGGCAUUAUGUUGCAUUUGUGCGAAAACAUUUGCCCGGAAAGUCCGGUCUUUCUUGGGUGAUGUUCAAUGAUGAGAAGGUUGUGGAGGUCGACGACGUGCAAGAAAUGAAAAAGUUCGCCUACCUCUACUUCUUCUCAAGAGUGUAGCAAGGCAGCCUGGCCGUCUGGUAAUUGUCAGCAUACAUGAGCAGAAUCAAACUCACCGCACAGGACUGGUUGGCUGUGACUAGCUAGACCUAAAUAUAUGGCACCUGAGCAAGCAUUAGAUCCAAAU